AUGCAAAUAAAUAAAGCCUAGAAUAAAUGCAACAAACUAAGAAAAAGCUGAAUAAGAAACGUUGUGAAACAAAUAACUAAAAUAGCCUAUUGUAACUGUUCGUCACAGUUGAUUUGCAUAUGUCAAAUUCGCGUAAAUUCACUGAAUGUAUGUCUCGCAUAUGCAGUAAAUGUGAAUAGCUAGAGAUGCAGUAUAAAGAGGUUUGUGUUUGUGUGGAUGCGCAUCGCCCCGCCCCGCCUCGUGCAGCUGGAGCUCCUCUGAUCACACACACACACACACACACUGCACAGACACAGCCGCUCUCUGCUCACACACACACUGUACAGACACCAGUCGCCCUGUCAACAUGUUUCUGCUCGGAUUCAGCCUGUGCCUGGCCAUCGUCCACGGAAUUGUCCCCGAGAUAUCCAAAACAGACAUGGACAUCAUUGCAAACAUGGAAACAAAUGCAGAAGAAGGACAAACGGCACUGAGCGAUGUGUUCAAAGAGGUGGGGGAACUGAUGGAGGACACGCAGCAGAAGCUGGAGGACGCGGUGCAUCAGAUGGACAAUGAGACAGCAAAAUCCAGCCUCCAUCCACACAAUGUCUCUUCAAAUCUCCAGAAUUACAGCAGUAUUGAAAUCAUAGCUGGGAAUCAAUCCAUUUAUACUGCUGAGAGAAUCAAUAAGACAACGGACAAUUCAACCGAAGAGACAAACAACUUGACAACCAUACAACCCAGAGAUAACGAGAACAGCAUUGAUCACGAGUGCAUCAUUGAUGAAGACUGUGAGAAGGGCAGCUACUGUCUCUACGAAACACAGAGAUCAAAGUGUCUGCCCUGCAAACACACUGAUGCAACAUGCACCAAAGAUGAGGAAUGCUGUGCAGGACAGCUGUGCAUUUGGGGUCAGUGUGCAAACAGCACAAAGGGAGCAGCAGGAACCAUCUGUCAGUACCAGAGUGACUGUAAGGAGGAGUUCUGCUGUGCUUUCCAUAAAGCCCUGCUGUUCCCAGUGUGCAGCUCUAAGCCAAUAGAACGUGAGCGCUGCAUCAUUUCAGCCAAUCACCUGAUGGAGCUGCUGUCGUGGGAUUUUAAGGGGGAGGGUCCUCAAGAGCACUGUCCAUGUGCCGGUGAUCUGCAGUGCCAACAUCUCGGACGAGGUGCACUGUGCCUGAAGAGUCAGAACUCCAGUGAAGAGGAGCUCACUGACACUCUCUACUCUGAGAUUGACUACAUCGUCUAGUGAGACUCAGCCUGUUUGACAGACAGACGAAGAGAAGCUGCUGAAACAGACAUGAACGCUUCAUCAUCACUCCAAAGCUUUGUAGGAAACGCCUUCAUUAUAAUCACCCAAACAGCAGUGAAUGUGCAGCAGAUUCACACUGACAGUGAUUUGAAAGUAUCAAGCUGCCUGGAAGUCGUUCAUUUCCAAAGAAAGUUGGCGAUUUGAGUGAUGGUGAUGGUUGGAGGCGUUAGAUGACACAAAUGAAAUUAAAAAAAGUGAACUUUGAGUUUGAAUGCAACAGUCACAUGUGAGAUACUGUAGAUGAGUGAGUUACAUUCCCUGCAACUUUGAUUCAAGCACCUUUUCAAAGGAUGAUGAUUUGUGAUCAGAUUUUCAAAGCUAGGCAGCAUUAAUAUUUGGGCAUCCAGCAGAUCGAAUCAUUGUCAGUGUGAACAGCCCUCAAGUGUUGAAGCUCAACUGUGGCUUCUGAGCACUGGAAAGAAGCACUUAUUAUUAAAUGUACAGUAUUAAUGCUUUAAGAAUACAUCAGGCAGAAAAAUGUAAAGAGGAAAUCUCUGUUGAGAGCCAAUCCAUCUUAGUUUAGUGUAGCAGCCAAAGUGACGUACCCAUACAAGAAACCUCUUGUAAUUUACCCAGGUAAUAAACACAAACUUGCUCCAGAAAAUAAAAGGUUGAAAAACA